UGCUCGGGUAGGUAACAAAUUAAAAGCAAAAAGUAUUGGCUUAAUAAUCAUGAAAUUCAUAUUAGAGUAGCAGAGCAGCACUGAACUCAAGAACCAACUGCCCAAAGCACCGCGCCCCUAUUCUCCGAUUCACAACCUAUGAAUUCUAGGAACCAUGAAAGAGAAACUGACUCGAGAUGUGUAUGCAAGUUAGUUUAUUCUCGCCGGAGAAAGAAAACAGAGAUCAUGAAAGAGGUGAUAGAAAUUGACCCCGAAGUCGAUUUUGCGAAUCAGGAAGGAGAAAUUGACUCAAGACAUGUAGAUGCAAUAGGAACUGUUGAUUCAAUUUUUCCAUUUAAUUCUAAGAGUAUUCCUCGGCGACCGCGGACAAAAUGCAAGCGAAAAUCCAAAGGCAAUGAAGCUCUCUCUAGAUCCAAGGAAAAGCUAAACAGUCAAGUCUUUGAUAACUACUUAGUGAAAAUAUGGAAGAGUUUCUCAGAAGAUAGAAAAAUGUCAUUUGCAUACUUGGACAGUUUAUGGUUUAGCCUUUACAGGAAUCCUUCAUCUAAAGAUAAGGUGCUGAGUUGGAUUAAUAAAGAACGUAUUUUCACGAAGGCGUAUGUUUUUGUGCCUAUAGUCUGCUGGGGUCAUUGGAACCUCUUGAUCUUCUGCCAUUUUGGUGAGAACUUGCGAUCCGUUACCGAAUCACGUUGUAUGUUGUUACUGGAUUCUCUUGAAAUGGCGAAUCCAAGGCGGCUUGAACCAGAGAUAAGAAGAUUUGUACGAGACAUUUAUAAAGCAGGGGACAGGCCGGAGACUAAGCAUCUGAUAUCUCAAAUCCCAUUAUUAGUGCCCAAGGUGCCACAACAAAAAGAUGGUACUGAAUGUGGGAACUUCGUCCUUUAUUUCAUUAAAUUGUUUUUGGAACUCGCACCUGAUAAAUUUAGCAUGGAGGGGUACCCUUACUUUAUGAAAAAAGAUUGGUUUACAUUCGAAGAAUUGGAUCGGUUUUGUGAGAGCUUGACUCAUUGAUCUGAAUGUCCCCAAAUUUGAGUAGACCGAGACUGAUAUAUACUAAUAUACAGCAUUGUAGAUUGGUUGGUAGUUUCGACUUAAUAAGAAUUUCAUUAGGACUGCUGAAAUUGAUGUUUACAGUACUAGUUGGCUUCUAUUGAUGCAAUUGUUUGACUUUUUUAUGAAGUGUUUAGAUUGAUAGGAGCAGUAUAUAUAGUUUUGAUAGUAAAAAUGUGUACUAUGUAUUAGUAAUAUUGUGUGUGUUCAUUGACGAUAUUAUGAACUCAGGAUCUUAGUUUUAAAAUGGUAAA